GCGGUGCAUAGUGGGUGGGCGGGGCCUGAAUAAACCCUGUGGUUGCGGUGGAGGGUUAGGUUGGGGUUAGAUCUGCCGUCAUGCUGCUGACGAGGAGCUGUUUCGGGUUCCUGGUGGUUCUGGUGGUUCUGGGUUUCUCUGCUGCUGCUGCAGUGUUCCUCCAGAAGCCCAAGGCCGACUCAGUUCUGCGGCGCCGCCGAGCCAACAGCGGCUUCCUGGAGGAGCUGAAACAGGGGAACCUAGAACGAGAAUGCAUCGAGGAGAUCUGUGACUACGAGGAGGCCAGAGAGGUGUUCGAGAACGACGACAAGACGAGGCAGUUCUGGCUCACAUAUGAACGUCGGGAUCCUUGCCUGGUGAACCCGUGUCAGAACAACGGAACCUGUGUUUACAUGGGAACCUCGUAUGAGUGUCAGUGUUCUGAGGGCUUCGAGGGACGGUACUGUCAGACAGUGUUUAAGGACUCUCUGAAGUGUCUCUACCUGAACGGACUCUGUGACCAGUUCUGUGACGGUUCUGGAGAACGUCGGAGAUGUUUCUGUUCUGAAGGGUACCAGCUGGCAGAAGACGGACGGAGCUGCGUGGCUCAGGUGGAGUUUCCAUGUGGUCAGCUGGUUCGAGAAGAACCUGGACUCAACCAAACGGAUGCUGUUCAGACCCGAGUGGUUGGAGGAAACCACUGUCCUCCAGGAGAGUGUCCCUGGCAGGUUCUGGUCCAGCUGAAUGGGAACAGUCACUGUGGAGGAGUUCUGGUCCGACCUGACUGGGUCAUCACCGCCGCCCACUGUAUCCAUAGCAACAACCCCGACAACCUGACGGUGGUGGCAGGGGAACAGAACCUGGACGUAGACGACGGUACUGAACAGAGGGUAUCUGUUUCCAUGGUGAUGGUUCAUCCCGGCUUCGUCAGGGCGACAGGUGACAGUGACGUGGGUCUGCUGCGGCUGCUCCGCCCCCUGGUUCUGACCCGGCUGGUGGUUCCGGUCUGCCUGCCGACCCGGGCCCUGGCAGAGCGGGAGCUGCUCCAGGUCCGGUACCACAGCGUGUCGGGGUGGGGCAGGAGGACUGGCGCCGGGCCGAGCAGCGCCGUCUCCUCGCCCGUCCUCCGCAGGAUGACCGUCCCCCUGAUCCAGAACUCCCAGUGCUCCCAGCGGGCCCAGUUCAACCUGACCGGUACCAUGCUGUGUGCCGGCUACCUGCAGGGCCAGCAGGAGAGCUGCCGCGGCGACGACGGCGGCCCGCUGGUCACGCUGUUCGGCUCCACCCACUUCCUGACCGGCGUGGUUGCCUGGGGGGGCUGCGCUCAGCCGGGGUAUUAUGGGCUGUACGCCAACAUGGCCGCGCUGGUGGACUGGGUCCAGGAAGUGAUGAAGAACCCGGUGACACCAGGACCCCCGAUGGACCAGAAACUGGUUUAGAUGUAAACUGGUCAGCGCGUUUGAGAAAUAAAAGAAUCAUCCGGUAACAAUAAAUACAAUAAAAUAACAAGUAAAUAAGAUAAAAUAACAAUAAUCAUCCUGUAAUAAUAAAUAUAAUAAAAUAACAGGUAAAUAAGAAAAAAUAAAUAUAAUCAUUCUGUAAUAAUAAAUAAAAUAAGUAAAUAAAAUAAGAUAAAUAUAAUCAUUCUGUAAUAAUAAAUACAAUAAAAAUAACACAUAUAAAAGGUAAACAAGACAAUAAACAAUAACAACCUCUAAUAAUAAAUAUAAUAAAAUAACAAUUAAAUAAGAUAAAAUAAAUAUAAUCAUUCUGUAAUAAUAAAUACAAUAAAAAUAAAACAUAUUACAGUUAAAUAAGACAAAUAAAAAAUAACCAUCCUGUAAUAAUAAAUAUAAUAAAAUAACAAGUAAUUAAGGUAAAAUAAUUAAAGAAAACAUCCUUGGCUCCUAUUUAAUGAUUAAUUGACUCUUAUUUUGAAAGGUCAGAUUUGAGCUAAGAUGAUUUUUCUGUUUACAAACCAGAAUCUUUGAUGUUUGAUGUUUAUGUUUAUUUUCUAAUUUUAUUUUAUGGAAAUAAAAUCAGUUUGAUGUAAAAAAACAAAAAACAAAAAACAAAACAAAACCAAUAAAGCAGAUUUUUAUGACUCAUUAAUGAAA